GCUCUCGACAAUCUGCCCUCGGAACCUUCCCUCGACUACACCCGCGUACACGGCGCCAAUUGCGAAAUCGUUGUGGGCUACGUACCCCUCCCGGUGGGACUCGUCGGUCCCCUCACGGUCAAUGGCGAAACCGUAUACGUGCCCAUGGCCACCACCGAAGGAUGUCUCGUGGCCUCCACGAACCGCGGUGCCAAGGCCAUCACGGCCGGGGGUGGAGCGACCGCCGUCCUCCUCCGGGACGGUAUUACUCGGGCGCCCUGCGUGCGCAUGCCCUCGGCAGCGCAAGCCGCUCAUCUCAAAUUGUGGUGUGAAACGCCCCAACACUUUAGUACCCUUAAACGAGCCUUUGAAAGUACCACCUCGUUCGGGAAACUUCUCAAGUGCGCCCCCACAGUCGCUGGACGUAACGUGUAUUUGCGCUUGACCUGCUUUUCUGGAGACGCCAUGGGCAUGAACAUGGUUUCCAAGGGCAGUUUGGCCGUCAUUGAAACCCUUCAACAAGAAUUUCCGGAACUCGUCCUCGUCGCCUUGUCUGGCAACAUGUGCACCGAUAAGAAAGCCGCCGCUACCAACUGGCUGGAAGGACGAGGAAAAUCGAUCGUCGUGGAAGCGACCAUUCCCAAGGACGUCGUCACAAACACCCUCAAGACUACGGUCCACAGCAUGGUGCAAACCAAUUUGCACAAGAAUUUGAUCGGUUCGGCCAUGGCCGGAGCUUUGGGCGGAUUUAACGCCCACGCCUCCAACAUUGUUACCGCGGUCUUUUUGGCCACGGGACAGGACCCCGCGCAAAACGUGGAGUCCAGUAAUUGCAUUACCCUGUUGGAAGAAACGGAAGAAGGCGACUUGUGGAUUUCCUGCACCAUGCCCAGCAUUGAGGUCGGUACGGUCGGUGGCGGAACUUCCUUACCCGCCCAAGCGGCCUGUUUGCAGGCCAUGGGUGUCCGGGGCGGAGGCGCCACUCCCGGCGCCCACGCCCAAAAACUGGCACAAAUCGUCGCGUCCGCUACUUUGGCCGGCGAACUUUCGCUGCUGGCCGCACUCGCCGCGAAUACCCUCGUACAGGCCCACAUGCAACACAACCGCAAACCCGCCGCCAAGUAA